AUGGCGGCCUUUACACUUCCGGAUCCUCCGUCGGCGAACAAGACCAAUCUCGCCAUCGCAGAAUUGGUCCUUUACAUAAUUCUUUUCAUUCCGGUGGUACCGCUCGUUUGGAAACAUGGCAAGGCUGGAAUGACCUGCUGGCCAAUCUUCUUAUCCUACUUUCCGCUUCGGUUCGUCGCGGAUGGAUACCAGAUUGCCAAGCGCAAUGAUCCCGAGAUUCCCAAUGCGGUCAUUAUCAUGACCACUGCUGGAAGCAUUGCCUGUCUCUCGCUGACUAUAAUUGGGUUGAUCUAUGAAGUGAACGUCAUACUUCCACUGCCUCCAAAACGAUGGACUGAACGAAUCCUCCUCGCCGUUACUCAUCUCUCCAUCACCGCUGGCAUCACGCUGUCAACUUAUGGAGGAGCCCCCAAGUUCGGAGCCCCUGGUGGUGUCCUCUCACAGCAUCUCAACCAGAUCGGCACCUGCAUGAUGUUAUUCGUCAUGAUAUUCGGCGUAGGAUGGUGGCUCUGGUGGACGGGAAAACGCGUCACCGCCAUGAAGUCGCACCCCAACUUCAUCCCCGCGAGAUUCCUGCUUCUCACAGCUUGCGCGGCGUUUCCGUUCCAGCUUGUCCGGCUUGGCUACACCUUGACGUACUCCUUCACCCCGUACUCGAGUUUGGAUCCAGUUUCUGGAACCUUUGCUACUAGGCUGGUGCUUAUGUUUGGUAUGCAAAUGAUUGUUGCUGUGAUUGUUACUGUGGGUGGCUGGCGCGGAACUGGUGCUGUGCCAAAUUCUGCACAGAGUGGCAGGCGCCAGGGAUUUGGAAGUGUCGCGAACCCAUGGGUAUGA